AUGACUGUUGAAACAAUCAGAGUUAAGGAAGAUCACGUUAUAAACGGCGAGAACAUUUAUAUUAAACCCUAUGGGGCUUUCCCGGUUUAUACGAAACUUAGUGCAGAGCUGGAUCCAGCAUCCGCGAGCAUCCUAGAGGCGGAUCAAGAAUUCCGAGAUGAAUUAGAACUCUGCGAAGGUCUUGAGAUAAAGAGAAAAGAUGGUGCUAUUAAAAGCCUAACCGGAGACUGGUUUCAGCUGGAAUGGGUUUGGGAAAAGAUAGAUGGAUUCACAAGACAUCAGUCACGAAUCCAGAAUAAAAUACAACGAACUUUUAGUCGUUCUAUAAGCUCUGAACAGGCGCUUGGUGAUCAAACAAAAUCACCGCUGUUGGGGACAACGGAAAGCAAACGCGGAAUUGAAGACAGACCACCCGCUUCUGCUCAUAAUGACGAUAACGGUGUGAAAAUGAGUAAUCCACAAAUGUACAAGGGAGGUGCCAACCAUUCGGCGACGAUAAGAGCGCAGAUGCGCGAUGGUGAUGAACGAGAUAAAGUAAGCAAAGGCCAAACCCAAACAUUUAAGUUAGACUUUCAAAAGGAUGGCACGGAGACGUCUAAGGCGAGUGUCCAUUGCCAGACUGAUCACAAAUCGAACACUUCGCAUCCAUUGAAGUCAACAACAAAAUCGCUGACGAAUUCUGUGCUAAACGAAUCUGGCGAAAACGCAGUCGUUGGAAGUGAAAUAGAAAUAAUGGGUAAAACGGAUACGGUUUUAAGCCUGGACUUCAAGUAUGGCGGAUUGAAAGUCAGCGUUUAUGUAGGCAUGAUAACCAUGGAAGAAACAGACGUUAUCGUAAACGCUGCCAUGGGGCCGCUUGUUAACGGCGGCGGCGUCGCAUGGGCAAUAGCUUCAAACGCUAGCCCGCAGCUACAGGAGCAGUGCGACGAUUACGUAAAAAAAUAUGGCAGUGUACGAACGUCUGGCGUCAUGCAUACGGUCGCUGGUGGGAAUUUGAGCUCCAACGUCAAACACGUGAUUCACGCUGUUGGGCCGGUGUGGGACGUCUUGAAUCAAGAUGACAAGUGUAUGCGGCAGUUGACCAUGACCUUCUUGAACGCAUUGAAGUAUGGGAAUGAAGAAUUACGUGUGGCAUCCAUUUCCUUUCCGCUGAUAAGCUCCGGAAUAUUCGGCUGUCCAGUGGAGGUUUGCACAAGGUCGUUUCUCUACGCCAUCCUCCUGUUUGGGAGCCAAUACCCUGACGCUGGCUUAAAGGAGAUCCAUUUAGUGAACAAUGAUGAGAAUAACACCGGUCUUACAGUCGCUUCUUUACGAGACAUGAUUCAGCAGGGAAGUGUGCAUCUUCUAGAUAAGGCCAGACGAAUUGACAGGGAAUUUGACGGUAUUGAAACUGUGGUCCGAGUCGCCGGACAGAAACUCGCGCUGGAUGAAAGAACAACAAGAGACGAUCUACCCUCCCUGUCGGACACCAACAGAAAGGGCCACACAUCUGUAAAGACAAAACUCACGACAGAUGUCAGCAAAACCGUUGGCUAUGAGCCGAGACCUCAGCCGCCACCCCCAAAUACAAUUAUGUCCAAUAAAACAGACAAAAAGAAGAAAUAAGCGAGCAUAGAAAAUGUUGUGUUAGCUUCAUGCCAGAGACUUUGGUUGCGUUGAAUUGAUAGUAAAAUCUCCGAGUGAUCAUCAUAAACAAUGACACACCAGUUCAUUGCAGUUUGAAUACGUUAACAGGGUUCUUCAAUCCAAAAAAUAUCAACUAUAUUUGAAAUUGUUUUAAUGAAGAAAGGAACAACUUGAUUUGCUACCGUUUUUAAUCAUGUUGGUGAAAAUCUUUAAGGAACGCAUACUAUGAGUCGCGUUGUGAGAAAAAUGGGCAUAAUGCAUGUUUGUAAAGUGUCGUCCCUUAUAAGCCUGUGCAGUCCGCACAGGCUAAUCAGGGACGACACUGUCCGUCUAAAUUGGAUUUUUGCUAAGACGAGACUUCAUUUAGACGAAAAAUGUCAUUAAAGCGGAAAGUGUCGUCCCUGAUUAGCCUGUGCGAACUGCACAGGCUAAUCUGGGACGACCCUACCCGCAUGCAUUAUGCCCAGUUUUCUCAGAACACAACUCAUAUUCAUACGACUCGCUUGCUUUAAUGCGCUAUGCUUUCUAGAAGACGAUAUGCUGUGAACUCAUUUAACUUUUGCUGAUUUCGUAAUGUUAUGUACAGCAAUAAUUUAAAAUACUAUCGCUACUCGAAUACUUAAUAGGAUGGGAAAGAAUUCGAUUUGCAUAUGAAAAUAGUGAACUUGUACAGGUACUUCAGGGUUGGGCAGCAUACUAUGCGCCUUAAAAAUAUUGGAUCUAUAAGAUAAGGAGUGUGUGCAGAAUGCAAGGGGCUUAAAUAUUGAAUCUCUACGGACAGUGUGUGAAAAAGUGGGUGGGGACAUCAUGCAUAGAGCGUUAAAAGGGGCAUUGUGGUGUGAACGGAGUCAAUGGACUGUCAAAAUAUUGAAUCUGCACAUAUUUAGGGUGAACGGGGCCGUUAAAUUUUGAAUCUGUACAGACAUUGGGUGGGAAAGAAUGGAAGGGCGUCUGUAAAUGGGCAGAGACAGCAUUGGCGGAGUUUUAUACAGGAUCACGAUACAAUGAUGAAAUCGAAAAACCACAAAAUUUUGAUAACCCAUAAUAACUUGAGACAUUUGAAACUUUAAAAGAAAUUUAGUAUAAGUAUGUUAAAUAUUGUUUUGCUAAUAGCCGCUUUUAGUUUUAUCUGUGUAUAAACCUUUCGGUAGAUAUAUUUAAUAAAAUAAAGAUUGAUAA